CCUAGCGCGCACCAAUGGCCAUUGUAAGUGUCAAGCGCUUAUUCUCGCAUACCUCGUCAAAUCUAAGAAGCCGCGUCUCCCCUUGUUCGCUACUACUGGGAUGUCUCAGAUGACAUUCCUCUCGCGUAUUCAUGUUUGCUACAACAGUUUAACUACGGACGCUGUGUGGUGAAAGAUGGGCGAAACGCACUAACACCUCCUUUCCAUUUAGUAUCCGCCGAAAAGAUCUCGGAGUCCGAAGACAGGGAGAUGGACGUUGAUUCUGACAUUCCUUUGAAACCCGCUCCCUUAUCGGUUCGAUAUGGUCCCGUGGUAGAUGACGAUGACGAUGAUUCACCUCUUGUGAACGGAAAUGGCAAGCGCAAAUCGCGAGCAUCUACCGGAAAAGUCAAUUAUCACGAGUCGGACAGUGAAGAUCGAAGAUUGACAAAGCGACAAAGGAAGGCCGCCCAAGACGAUUCUGACUCGGAUGUUCCUAUUAAGAGUAGAGUCAGGCUCCCUCCCGCUGCCAAUGAGACCGCUGUGGCAGAAGAAUCAGACGACGACGUGCCUCUCAAUAAGAAACUCGCGGACAAGCGCAAGUCAAUAGAGAAGGCUGCCGAAAAAGAAGCUGCAGCGAUACGGUCAGCAGAGUCAAAGACAAGGAAACCAGCCUCGAAGAAGGUGGUGAAGGAGGAGUCUGACGAUGACGCGCCUUUAUCAGGAACCAAGGGCCGAAAGCGCGCUGUCAACGGGACAAACGGAAAGGCGAAAUCGAAGGUAAAACAAGCAGACUCUGACUCCGAUGCCCCUAUGCGCAAGAAGGCCAAGGCCUCUACGCCCAGGGCAAAAGUCAAAACAGAACAGACUUCCUCGAGUAAAAAGGCCCCGGUGAAGAAAGCAAAAAAGGAGCCAAGUGAGGACCCUGGAGACGCAGACGAAGAAGAGGAGGAAGAACACCGCUGGUGGGAAGUGCAAAACGCAGAUAACAGUGUCAAAUGGCAGACGCUCGAACAUAACGGCGUCCUUUUCCCCCCAGAGUACGAACCUCUGCCAAAAAACGUCAAGCUUGUCUAUGAUGGGACUCCUGUUAACCUACACAUUGAAGCUGAAGAGGUUGCGGGCUUCUUUGGUGCCAUGUUGAACUCUACACACAAUGUGGAAAACCCAGUCUUCCAGAAAAACUUCUUCAACGACUUCAAGGAUGUCCUCAAACGUACAGGUGGAGCCAAGGAUCGACAGGGGAACAAGGUUGAUAUCAAGGAAUUCUCGAAGCUUGACUUCGACCAGAUUUUUAACUACUAUCAAGGUAGGAGCGAGGCUAAAAAGGCUCGUUCCAAAGAGGAGAAGGCUGUCGAAAAGGCUGAGAAAGACAAGAUGGAAGCUCCGUUCAUGUACUGCAAGUGGGAUGGGCGCAAAGAGAAGGUUGGUAAUUUCAGGGUUGAACCCCCUGGGUUAUUCCGCGGCCGUGGCGAGCACCCAAAAACCGGCAAAGUCAAGCUUCGAGUGAUGCCUGAGCAAGUCACAAUCAACAUAGGCAAAGAAGCCCAGGUCCCUCGCCCUCCAGAGGGGCACAAAUGGAAGGCUGUGCAACAUGACAACAAAGCUACCUGGCUGGCUAUGUGGCAGGAAAACAUCAACGGCGCUUACAAGUAUGUCAUGCUUGGCGCUCAAAGUACCGUCAAGGGUCAAGCCGACCUGAAAAAGUUCGAGAAAGCCCGCGAGCUCAAAAAACAUGUCGACAAGAUUCGACGCGACUAUACCCGAGAUCUCAAAGCUGACUCUAUGGCCGACCGGCAACGCGCUACAGCCGUAUAUCUCAUCGACAAGUUCGCGCUAAGAGCAGGCAAUGAGAAGGACGCGGAGAAUGAAGCGGAAACUGUCGGUUGUUGUUCAUUGAAAUUUGAGCAUAUUACUUUACGAGAACCCAAUACCGUCAUCUUUGAUUUCUUGGGUAAAGACAGCAUUAGAUUCUACGAUGAGGUUAAUGUUGAUCGCCAGGUUUUCAAAAACCUUCGGGUAUUCAAGAAGGCGCCCAAAAAGGAGGGCGACGAUAUCUUCGAUCGCCUUACUACUUCGCAGCUAAAUAAGCAUCUUUCCAACUACAUGCCAGGGUUGACUGCCAAGGUCUUCCGUACUUACAACGCCUCAAUGACCAUGCAAAAAUUGCUUAACGGAUUGGACGCGAACGCAGAAAACGCCAAAACUAUACCUGGGAAGAUUAAACUCUACAAUGACUGCAAUCGCGAAGUGGCAAUUCUGUGUAACCAUAAGCGAACAGUCGGAGCUUCCCACGAAGCACAGAUGGAGAAGCUCACUGAUCGAAUCAAGGGUCUAAAGUACCAGGUGUGGCGUAAUAAGCAAAUGAUGCUAGAUCUUGAUGCGAAGCUGAAGAAGAAGAAGGGCGCUGCAUUCUUCGAACUGGAUACAACACUUGAUGAAGCAUGGAUCCAGGAACACCAAAAUUUCUUAGUUGAAGAGCAACGCACAAAGAUCCAGAAGAAGUUUGAAAAGGAUAAUCAGAAGCUUCAAGAAGCAGGUGAAAAAAUCAUGCCUGAUAAGGAGCUCAAGGAACGUCUUAAAGAUGCCGACGAGCUGGCCAAAAAAUUCAAGAAAGAGAACAAGUCGAAGAAGGUCGAGGCUGAGGGCAAGGCUCCUACGAUUGAGAAGAUUGAGGGCAAUAUUGAGAAGAUUGAGACCCGCAUUCGGACUCUACAAACUCAAGCUGACGAUAGAGAUGGCAAUAAGGAGGUAGCUCUUGGAACCUCCAAGAUCAACUAUAUCGAUCCUCGUCUCACUGUUGUGUUUGCUAACAAAUUCAAUGUCCCCAUUGAAAAAUUCUUCUCAAAGACUUUGCGUGAGAAGUUCAACUGGGCCAUUAAGUCAAUCGGUGACGAUGAUUCGUGGCAGUUUUAGACAAGUACCAAUCGUCAGCUGACAAGGCAUUAUUAGUAGGACAGCAUUACUUACACUUCGUGGAUCAUCUUACAAGCGUCACUUGCUUUAUUAGAUACAUAGCGGUCAUUUCAACGCAGGUUUGAUGACAGAUUUGAUAAACGCUAUCGCAUGAGAGUCAGAAUCAUUAGUUCUGAAUAGACAAGCAACUCACGCACCAGUUCCAUUGACAGGAGACGCUGAGCACAAGCGUCUAUUGCAUGCAUUGUAUGCUGUGGGUUCUUGGAAGGUCAAGACAUUCGGCCAGACAUAUCAGAAGUGGAGUGACCGAUCAGUCUAUAGACAAAAUAGUAGUAAUAUGCAAAUACAUAC